CUACCGACGCUGACUGAAAUGGAAGAUGACUUCAGCCAAUCUCUGACACCGCCCGUGUCGCCUUUUAUCGGAGACAGCCACUAUGCCUCUUCCUCAGACCAACCUCCUUGCUUCUCCUGUGCGCAAGAACACAGCCGAGGAGAAACAAAUACGCUGUCAUCUGAGGGAUACAUCGGGAGGGGUACGCUUAAGAGAGUUCUCCGCAAACUCGACCCUGCCCAUGGGGACUUUGAGACAGACACUGUUGACAUAUUUGGCUUCUCCUGGGUGACAGAAACGGCAUUGGUAGAAUCUACUAAACUUCUAUUCGGCUUUUUCAGGCAGAAAAUUCUUCGACUGGAAAGCUUGGUACAGUCCAGCACUCAUGACUUUGGGCAAGCCAGUGGCCUGCAUUACGAGGCAGAGGACCUCAGACAACAGUGUGUCCUGUUCCUUCAGUAUGUCAAAGUAUUCAUAAGCAGAUUCCUGGAGUCCCCGCGUGCCUUUGACGAAGGCCCUCUUCACCCGUAUGAAGAACUGGAGGCUCAGCUUCCCUCCUCAUUGGUGGAGGAGCUGUUCGGAAUCACCCUCUUGAUUGGCCGACUCAAGGACCUCCCAGCCAAUGUCCAGAGUGCCUUCACCAUACAGCACCAGGGCAAGCUGUUUCCUCCAUCCUGGCACUUGCUGCACCUCCAUCUGGACAUCCACUGGUGUGUGCUGGAGACCCUUCACCUGCUGGGCCAGAACACUAUGGCUGGCCAGGUUGUGUAUGGCCACCAGUUUGUGAAUCUGACGGGAGAGAACCUGACCAACGUCAGUCUGUUUGAGGAGCAUCUCAACAGCCUCCUCUGUGACCUCAUCGGACUGGCCAUCAACAAAUACAGCAAGGUGAGACCGACAGAAGCCCUGUCCAGCCACCACUACCACUGCCUCUGCACCAAGGAACUCUGGGUGCUGCUCAUUCACCUGCUGGAGCACAGGAGCAAGACCACACACACUCCUUCGUUCUGGGGCUACGUGACUCCGCUCCUGCAGGGUCUCCUGAAGGGGGCGCCAGUGGGGGAGCAGCGCCUCCCCAGCACCUGUAAAGACCCCCUGGGCUUCACCUGGUGGCUGCUCACGCACCUGGCUCAGCUUGGACAGUACGGACCCGACGGUUCUCUCACAUCAGAGAAGCAGUCGCAACUGGACCACAACUGGAGCUUUGCGUGUGAGCUGCUUAAGUCCACCUGUGAUCCCAAGGGUGGUAUGCAAGAGGAGCAGGUAAGGAUGCAUGUGCACUGCUGCUUGAGUCUGACCAUGCUGUGGGAGCCCAACACCAGUGCAGUCACCACACUCUGGGAGUACUACAGCAAGAACCUGAAUGCCCCCUUCUCCGUGCCCUGGCUGGGUGUGAGUGGCCUGGGCAGCGUUGGCCGGAGCCCCCUAGCCCUUCUGGAGCUGGCCCAGGCCUGCUGCUCCCCGGCUCCGCUGGGCUCCACGGGACAUGCGCAACUCUACCGCUCCUGCUCCUCCUUCUGCAUCUUCCUGCGCGUGCUGGCGCUGCACCUCAGCCAGGAGAACGCGGGUGGAGCCCCCUGGAGGCAGAUCAAGGGAAGGAUCUACUCCAAGUUCCACCAGCGCCGCAUGGCCGAGCUGUCCGAGUCGGGCCUGAUGAACUUCCUGCUGCUCUUUCUGGUUCUGGCCCGCUGUGCCGAGCUGGAGGACGUGGCGGGCCGGGCCUACGACCUGGUGGCCCAGAUGCCCUCCGGAGACUCCUCCUCCUCCUCCGGUACCGGUACCGGUACCAGUAACAGUACCAGCGGUGGUGGUACCCCUCCGAGCCACCGGGCACUGCUGUGGCGAGGCCAGCUGGCUCUGCUGCUGCUGUACGUGGGCAGAGGGCUGGACGCCGGCGCCCACGCCGAUCGCCUGGCAGCCUCCUUUGCACAGGUGGCCCGCGAGUUCUACUUGAAGACCACGGAGGCGUGGCGCAAGCUGGCGCUGUGGCAGCCGCUGGGCGCCUACCUGGAGGGCGUGGCGGAGGUGCUGGAGACCAGCGGGCACCUGUGCCUGGCCGAGGAGAGGCUGCUCAACGAGGGCUUCGCCAUGCUGCUGCCCGCCUGCAGGCAGAGCGAGCUGGCCUCCGCACUGGGCUUCCUGCAGAACGCACUCGCACAGCUCAGGCGUGUCCACCAGCGCUGUUCCCAGCCUGCCUCCUCCUCCUCCUCCUCCUCCUCCACCUCCGGUGGCUGGGUCCCGGCCCCCUCGUUGGCUCGAGAGCGCCACCUAGCUGUGGCGUCGGCCCUCUGGAGCCACUUCUUCCCCUUCCUGCGCAGCCUCCGCCUCUCACAGACACCCCCGCCUCAGCUGGCUGACGCCGCAGCAGGCUUUACUGUGCUGGCGUUGGACCUGCCCGGCUCGGCCCCUGCGGACCUCCAGCCUCACCCGGUGCAGUCCAUCAUGCAGUGCUUCGGCUGGGACGAGAUGCUCCACCCACUGCUGGUCACCCGCUACCUCAACCACCUGCUGCAGAACAGUGAGGUGGUGUCGAGUGUGAGCUCAGCUCAGGGAGUGUGUGUGCGGGCCUGGCUCAGGUGUGUGCUGCAGCAGUACCUGCACAAGAACAUGGACGCCACAGACACCAGAGCAGGCAGGACUCUGGAUGAUCAGCUGUGUGAGUUGACCAGGCUGGUCUUGCGACUGCCAGAGGUGGAGUCCAUACUGCAGAGAGCAGGACUGCAGCCCUCCGCAGUCAAACCAGAACCCAAACCAGCACUGGCCAUCUUCAUCAAGGCGGUGGGCCGGGUGUACUCUGGCCUGCAGCAGUUGUCUGAGCGCGGCUCCAUGGUGACUCAGGCCCUGGACUACGUGGGAGACGUCCUCAAGUACAUCAAGCCCUACCAGCUCAACAAGAACCUGGAGGGACUGCAGCUCGCAUACUGGGCUAUAGGCUCUCUGGUGAAGCACUGGAGCCCCCUGCUGGCCACCUCCAAAGCUCAGCAGCUGCUCUUCCGCAUCGUGGACAGCCUGCUGCUGCCCCACUCGCUCUUCCAGCAGGACCCGCCCACACAGGUGCUGUCCGCCCUCAAGGACAGCCUGCCACUCUACCUGCAGGGCCUGUCAGUAGCAGCGGGUGUGUCCCAGUCCCAGGGAGCCGUUCUGAAGCAGCAGCUGAAAAGGGUCAUCAGCCAAUACCUGAGCCGCUUCCUCCCGGCCACACCCUCUGUGGGCUCCAUAGCCAAUCACCCGGUGCUGCUCUCCGCCUGCGAGACCACACCCACUCCUCAGGGGGCGGGGCUGAGACGGAACAUCCUGCAAGUGCUCAGUGACGGCUUCCUGCAGUUCAAAGGUCACGCCCCUCCCCCGCGGCUGGCGUCCGUGCUCUCCUUCCUGCUGGAGUUGCUGAGGCGCAGCUCUGACCGCGACCCGGCCCUCCUCAGCCUGCCGCUGCACGCCACGCUGCGCUGCCUCAUGCUGGUCAACGAGCCGCAGGUGAGGCGUUUGAGUGCGGAGGCGGUGCAGCUGAUGGUGGAGCGCUGUGCCUCCUCAUGUCCAGAGGGGCCCUGUGAGCAGACCGUCUCCAUUCUCAGGAGCUUUGCGGAAGAGAGCGAGGGUGUUUAUGACCAGCAGAUGUACAGUGUUCUGGAGACAGUGUCCAUUCUGGACCGCCGCUCCGUGGAGACCCUCAUUCCGGUUCUGUCGGUGAGCUUGCGGAACUUGGAACAGAAGAGAGGCCAGGGGAGGAACAACUCCUUGAGAAAUGCCUACAAGAGACUGUUGAGCCAACUGGGAGAGAGCGGUCAGGCAGAGAUGGUCAGCCUGGAUGCUGAAUGAAGACCACCAAGCCAUCACGCUGACUUACUGAACACAACAUAAUCUCAACACUCAGUCCAGCGUGUUCAGAUGUUUAUAAGGCUAAAUAGUAGUCUCAUCUUAACUCAAGAACCCACAGUGUUUCAAGCCAACUGGGUGAAUGAUAAGAAAUGCCUUUCAGGACCCUCAAUCACUUAUGCCAUAAUGUUGAAACUGAAAUCUGAUCAUUCUUCAAAGACCCAGAAGAGAUCAGUGUCUUGUUACUGUGUGUACUGUACAUAUGUGAAAGUUAAAUAUUGCUCCUGAAUGUGAAAAUCAUGUAAAAAGCUGUGCAAGUGUGAUAUAUUUAUGUCUAAUGUACAUAGAGUAGAUUCUGUACAGUUCAUUUUUUUUAAACGUCAUAAUUAAAGAAACUAAAGACAUGUACAUAUUUGAGUGGUUCACAUCAAGUCUGCAUUACUCCUGCCAAGUAUUCGGCAUGGUCCUUUGGCAUUGUAUGCAGUGGCUAUAUCAGCGUUUGUGACGAGGGGGAGCCCUUCACUCACAUCACUAGUCAUCAACAGGUUUUAUCCAGUUACUGCCAACUUGCAUCAAUUUCUUUCUCAACACUAUGAGAAAAACAGCACAUUCAGAACACACUCUUUACAAAUAAAUAUUUUUUAUUGUUAUUAAUAUUCAUAUCUUGAUGUCUUGAAAUUAUAUCGUAUCACAUUUCUACAGUCAUGGGUUUUCUAUGUGAGAUCAAAUGUCAAACUGUGCCUACACUAGACCAAAACCCAUCCCCUACCCUAACCUGUCAGUGGAGAAAGUGUGUAGGCUAUUUGUGAU